AAAAUCCUACCCCCAUUGGGAAUAGAAAGUUACCUUACUUCGGGAACUAAUUUUAGGUAGGGGGUCUAUUCAUCCCAUGAUAAAGCUACGGGAACAGUUUAAGCUGUGAGUCAUCUAUUCUCCAUGGAACCAAAUCUAGCGCCCGUUGUGAGGCACCAAGGUAAAUAUCUAAUGCAUUUGAGACAUCGUUGUGCCUUGAGAGGUAAACUGUCACAGCCACUCGACCACCGUCGAAACUCAAACCGACUGCAACCUGCUCUAUUUUUUUCUUGUUCAUUCUUACACUUGUUCCAAAUCAUCAGCAUUCCAAUCACCACGAAUUAUAUAUAAAAGUUAACCAAAGCCGGCAAGAUGACCUCCGUACCCGAGACCCAGCUCGCGGCAGACGUCCAAAUACAAAUCUGCCCCUCCUCUAUGGCCGCUGACACCACAAUCACCGAUGCCAUCGCAACCAUGGUGAACGAAUGCUACCUCGCCGCGGAGGGCGACCUCUGGAGACCCAAGGACAGGCUGCCCCGCACCGAUCCGGCUGUGGUUAGCAGCCUCAUCGCCGCCGGCGACCUUGUGGUUGCGUGGUCUCCGUCUGGCGCGGUGGCCGGCUGCGCGAGUCUGUCACCGUACGGCGACGGAGGGCUGAUGGUCGGGAUGCUGGCGACAGCGCGUCGGGGUGGUGGGCUGGGUGGGCGCAUCAUGGCGUUCUGCGAGGACGAGGCCGAGAGGCGGGCCGGGAUGCCUGGCGCAGGGAGUUGCUGUGCGGUUGAGUUUUGGCGGCCGAGAGGCCCGGUCCCGCAUGCCGGCAAGGAGAGGCUUUUUGGUUGGUAUCGACGGCUUGGCUAUCAAGUUGUCAAAACUGAGGAUUUGGCUGAUAGCAGGUAUGCGGACUUUGUACGGCGUUUGGUGGUGGAGAUUGACAGCAUAAUACUGGAGAAGAAGCUUUCGCAAUGAGAGCACAAGGGUUCAAAUAUUAAGUGUCUCAUCUAUCUAAGCAGAUGUGAUUGAGAAAUGCGGGAAAAUGAAAAUAGGAUAAAAGAAGAGAUGACGGGUGUCACAAGCUCCAUAUCGAAAGGAACUAAUAACACUGACGAGAUAGUGUUCAACAUAAUUAAGAAAUAAGAUAGACCCUGCCGAUCCUACCCAAACCCCGUCUUUCAGCUUAGUGGUAG